AUGGAUCCUCCAACUCUCCCUGCAACCAGGCUAGAUGUAGAUGUGGAUCUUGGAUUUGCCCUCUUCUUCUUCUUUCUUCUCUGUUUCUUCUUGUUGAUAACCAUCAUUCGCUGUGCUCAGCUGGUGCUGGACCCUUACAGUGCUGUUUCUGCUUCCGCAUACCAAGAGGAGCAAACGGAGGAAUGA